GAGACAGGAGCACAAGCUUGGAGCCGCUGAAAAGGCAGAGCUCUCUCUCUCCUAAGACCCGGGCGAAUUUCCUGGGGAAGAGCCGCCGCAGCUGUAGGGAUGAGCCUGCAGAUUGAUGGGUUGUUUUAGCUCACCUAUGACUGGGAUCGCCUUGUUGUUGUGGAAAGGAAGGAUGAAGAAUUCUUAGAUUUCCUUGUCGAAUCCUUGAUUCUGUGCAACGGUGCAUCAUUUCUGCCUGACUGGGAGAGAAGGAUCUUGGAACGCUAUGAGUGAUGAUUCAUGUCCUCUUUUGUAGUGUCAUGGCAUCUUGUCCAUGAUCUACACUUAGCAUGGGAUUUAAGUGACAGAUGAAGAGAAGAGUGUAUGCUUAGCUCUUGAUAACAUAGGAAGAGAAUAUUUCAGUUCGAAAGGCUGGUAGGAGCUGGACUUUUACAGAAAUAUUGUUAAGAAAGAAGCAAGAAUCCAUCAUGCACAUUACCAUGGAACAAUAGAAUUCGGUCAAUUUCCUAUUGAUUGGUUACCCAGUGCAUUCGCUUGGUCUGUCUUACUGUUGACUGACCACAGGUAGCCCGCUCAGUAAAAAAAAAAGGACCAGAAUAUUUUGGAUAGUUACCACACAAAAAGGCAAUCUGGAAGAUCUACGCAAUUUAAAGGACCCUGAAGACAUUAAGUCAUUGAAGAUGGCUAGUGUUCUUAAACAAGGGGUCCUAAUUAUCUGGAUGAUCCUUCUUUUUGGAUGCAUGGUAGAUAUCGGCUGUGGCCUGGAAUUUCCUGGUACGGAAGGCCAGUGGACUCGCUUCCCCAAGUGGAAUGCAUGUUGUGAAAGUGAAAUGAGUUUUAAUAUGAAGACCAAAAAAUCAAGUGGACUUGUUAUAUACUUUGACGAUGAGGGUUUUUGUGACUUUUUGGAACUCAUUCUUUAUGAAGGCAGGUUAAAGUUGAGUUUUUCAAUUUUCUGCGCUGAACCAGCUUCUCUUCUAACUGACCUUGCUGUAAAUGACAGCAACUGGCAUUCAGUAGUGAUCAAGAGAAAUUUUAAGAACACCACCCUAAUCUUAGACAAGGAGAGCAAAUGGGUAGAAGUGAAGUCCAAACGGAGAGACAUGACGGUCUUUAGUAGCCUCUUUAUAGGCGGGAUCCCGCCAGAACUAAGAUCUUCCACUUUAAAACUAACGUUUCCAGCAGUGAAAGACCAAAAUCCUCUUCAGGGCUGGAUAAGGGAUGUCCGAGUCAAUUUCUCAGAUUCUUCUCCUGUAUCAAGUCACCUGGUCACUGUGGAGGACACUACAAACCCAUGCAACAAAGAACAAGUGUGUCUGAAUGGAGGGAUCUGCUCAGUCAUUGAUGAAGAAGCCAUGUGUGAUUGCUCCAAGACUGGCUUCCAAGGCAAAGACUGCAGUGAAGGUCUGGCACACCUGAUGAUGGGCGACCAAGGUAAAAGUAAAGGUAAUAUAGCAGCUGAGCAACUCUUUAUAAAAGGAGCUGGGACAGGAAAGGAAGAGUACAUCGCCACAUUUAAAGGGUCUGAGUAUUUCUGCUAUGACUUAUCGCAAAACCCUAUUCAAAGCAGCAGUGAUGAAAUCACAUUGUCGUUUAAAACCCUUCAGAGGAACGGACUGAUGCUUCACACAGGAAAAUCGGCAGAUUAUGUCAAUCUGGCCUUGAAAAAUGGAGCCGUCUCUUUGGUCAUUAAUUUGGGGUCAGGGGCCUUUGAGGCCUUGGUGGAACCAGUGAAUGGAAAGUUUAAUGACAAUAACUGGCAUGAUGUGAAAGUAACAAGAAAUCUGCGUCAGCACUCAGGCAUUGGACACGCUAUGGUAACAAUUUCAGUGGAUGGGAUUCUGACCACAACAGGCUACACUCAAGAAGACUACACCAUGCUGGGUUCAGAUGACUUUUUCUAUGUUGGAGGUAGCCCCAGCACAGCUGAUUUGCCCGGGUCACCAGUCAGUAACAACUUUAUGGGCUGUCUUAAGGAGGUUGUAUACAAAAAUAACGAUGUGAGGCUGGAAUUGUCACGUCUUGCCAAGCAAGGAGAUGUCAAAAUGAAAGUUCAUGGUGUUGUCGCCUUCAAAUGUGAGAAUGUUGCCACACUGGACCCAAUCACUUUUGAGACACCUGAGUCAUUUAUUUCUUUACCUAAAUGGAACGCAAAGAAGACUGGUUCAAUAUCAUUUGACUUCCGCACAACAGAACCCAAUGGACUCAUACUGUUUAGUCAUGGUAAACCUCGUCACCAAAAAGAUGCAAAGAAUCCUCAGAUGAUCAAAGUUGACUUCUUUGCUAUAGAAAUGCUUGAUGGCCAUCUAUAUCUGCUUCUCGACAUGGGAUCAGGAACCAUAAAAAUAAAAGCACUUCAGAAAAAAGUAAAUGACGGAGAAUGGUAUCACGUAGAUUUCCAACGUGAUGGACGUACAGGUACCAUAUCUGUCAAUUCGUUACGUACACCUUACACAGCCCCAGGAGAAAGUGAAAUUCUUGACCUUGAUGAUGACUUGUAUCUUGGAGGUUUACCUGAAAAUAAAGCUGGUUUGGUCUUUCCAACUGAAGUGUGGACCGCUCUUCUUAACUAUGGAUAUGUAGGAUGCAUAAGAGAUUUAUUUAUAGAUGGUCAGAGCAAAGACAUACGACAGAUGGCUGAACUUCAAAGCACAGCUGGAGUAAAACCAUCCUGCUCGAAAGAAACUAGUAAGCCUUGCAUUAACAAUCCAUGCAAAAAUAAUGGAGUAUGUAGAGAUGGGUGGAACCGAUUUGUCUGUGAUUGCUCGGGCACAGGCUUCCUUGGUCGUUCUUGUGAAAGAGAGGCAACAGUUUUAAGCUAUGAUGGAAGCAUGUUUAUGAAGAUUCAGCUCCCUGUGGUCAUGCACACAGAGGCAGAAGAUGUUUCACUGCGUUUCCGGUCUCAGCGUGCUUAUGGUAUUUUAAUGGCGACUACAUCCAGAGAUUCUGCAGAUACCUUACGUUUAGAACUGGAUGCUGGACGUGUAAAACUAACGGUCAAUUUAGACUGUAUCAGGAUUAACUGUAAUUCCAGCAAAGGCCCAGAGACUCUUUAUGCUGGUUAUAACCUCAAUGAUAAUGAAUGGCACACAGUGCGCGUGAUACGGAGAGGAAAGAUAUUAAAGUUAAUAGUGGACGAUCAACAAGACAUGACAGGUCAAAUGGCUGGCGAUCACACACGGCUGGAGUUCCACAACAUUGAAACUGGGAUAAUAACUGAACGUCGUUACCUGUCGGCUGUGCCUUCCAAUUUCAUUGGCCAUCUACAGAGCUUGUCAUUCAAUGGCAUGGCCUACAUUGAUUUGUGUAAAAAUGGGGACAUAGAUUACUGCGAACUGAACGCUCGCUUUGGUUUCAGAAACAUUAUUGCAGAUCCAGUCACUUUCAAGACCAAAGCUAGCUAUGUUGCCCUGGCCACGUUACAAGCCUACACCUCCAUGCACCUCUUCUUCCAGUUCAAGACCACAUCUCCAGAUGGCCUCAUACUUUACAACAGUGGUGAUGGCAAUGACUUCAUUGUAGUUGAACUAGUCAAAGGAUAUUUGCAUUACGUUUUUGAUCUUGGCAAUGGCGCAAACCUAAUUAAAGGCAGCUCUAACAAACCCUUGAAUGACCACCAAUGGCACAACGUGAUGAUCUCCAGAGACACAAGCAAUCUCCAUACCGUGAAAAUAGACACCAAGAUCACCACUCAGAGCACAGCGGGAGCCAGAAACCUGGAUCUUAAAAGUGACCUAUACAUAGGAGGUGUUGCCAAAGAAACGUACAAAACAUUGCCAAAGCUCGUCCACGCCAAGGAAGGAUUCCAGGGCUGCCUCGCUUCUGUUGAUCUAAAUGGACGUCUUCCAGACUUGAUCUCAGAUGCUCUUUUGUGUAACGGGCAAAUAGAAAGAGGAUGUGAAGGUCCAAGCACCACAUGCCAAGAAGACUCCUGUGCAAACCAGGGUGUCUGCUUGCAACAAUGGGAUGGAUUUAACUGUGACUGCAGCAUGACCUCUUUUAGCGGAACUCUGUGCAAUGACCCUGGGACGACGUACAUCUUUAGUAAAGGAGGAGGACAAAUAACAUACACUUGGCCACCGAACGAUCGGCCUAGUACACGAGCAGACAGACUGGCUAUAGGGUUUAGCACUGUACAAAAAGAAGCAUUAUUGGUUCGAGUGGACAGCUCUACGGGACUGGGUGAUUACUUAGAGCUGCACAUUCACCAAGGAAAAAUUGGAGUCAAAUUUAAUGUUGGAACAGAUGACAUCUCAAUUGAAGAAGUUAAUGCUAUUAUCAAUGAUGGGAAGUACCAUGUAGUACGAUUUACAAGAAGUGGGGGUAAUGCCACCUUACAGGUUGACAACUUGCCUACAAUAGAGCGUUUCCCAGCAGGAAACAAUGAUAACGAACGCCUGGCGAUUGCUAGACAGCGAAUUCCAUAUCGACUUGGUCGAGUAGUUGAUGAUUGGCUACUCGACAAAGGACGGCAGCUCACAAUCUUCAAUAGCCAGGCAACAAUUAAAAUCGGUGGGAAAGAGCGGGGACAUCCUUUUCAAGGCCAGCUUAGUGGCCUCUACUAUAACGGCUUAAAGGUUCUGAAUAUGGCGGCUGAAAAUGAUGCCAAUAUCGUGAUUGAGGGAAAUGUGAGGCUUGUUGGUGAUGUGCCUUCAUCCAUGACUACAGAAUCAACUGCUACAGCCAUGCAGUCAGAAAUGUCCACUUCCAUUAUGGAGACCACUACCACAUUGGCCACCAGUACUAGAAGAACAAAAGUACCGACAAGAGAGCCGGUUGGUCAGAGCUCAGAUGACCUCUUGGUUGCCUCUGCUGAAUGCCCAAGUGAGGAUGAUGAGGACAUUGAUCCAUGUGAGCCAAGCUCAGGUGGGUUAGCAAACCCAACAAGAGCAGGUGGAAGAGAAAUUUCUGGACCAUCUGAGGUCAUCAGGGAAUCAAGUAGUACGACUGGCAUGGUGGUCGGCAUCGUUGCUGCAGCAGCCUUGUGCAUUCUCAUCCUUCUUUACGCCAUGUACAAGUACCGAAACAGGGAUGAAGGCUCCUAUCAUGUGGAUGAGAGUCGAAACUACAUCAGUAACUCAGCACAGUCCAAUGGGGCUGUGAUCAAAGAGAAGCAACCCAGCAGUGCUAAAAGUUCUAACAAAAAUAAGAAAAACAAGGACAAAGAAUAUUAUGUCUGAUCCCAGCCGCCUAACGAACACCUGUAUAGAAAUAGUCUUCAUUUUAUCUGAGACAUAAAAUUAACAAACUUAUUUACUUUUUAUGAAGCACAUUGAAAAUAACAAAAAAAAAGAAGACAGGCAAUGCUAAUGGGACAGAAAGACUGUUUUUAAAAAAAUAUGUAUAAAACAAACAGAAAAAAAAUAUAAACAAGUAUAUUAUGGUUUUGUUUCCCAGAAACAGGAGCCAAACAAGAUUUACAAGUAUCCACAGUGUUUCAUUUACUCUGCCUGACCAUUUAAGUGGCUGGAAUGUUUUUGGAAAGACGCUGAUUUACGUGAAACAUUCUUAGAGCACACAGAACGUUCCACUAUUAAGGCACAAUUAGAAGUAAAAAAAAAUAAAAAAUAAAAAAAGCUACCUAUGAUUCUGGAUACAGCCAAAGUGCUAGUACUCUCUCCAAAAGUAAGUUCUAACGCCAGCAAAGACUUGUCCGUGGUUGCAGACCACUGUAGUUUGCAGCAUCGAGCCUAGAAGCGUUGAUUGAAACAUGUCUGCUUCAUAAUGCUGGCUUUUCUGAAGACUUGUAUUUAAAAAAAAAAGGCAAAAACUUUCACAAAGCCCCUUUCUGGUUGUGAAGAGUAUGCUAUGGAGGCCUUAAUAUACAAAUACGGAAUAUAAGGCCCUUUUUCAAAAAUAAAACAAGAGGGAUAGAUGCAAUCAUUGAAAAUUUUCAUGCACGCUUAAUAUGUUACAUAUGUUUAUAUAAAACACAUCUAUAUGUGCUUUCUGGACUGUGACAAGUGAUGUUUUAUAGCCUGUUGUAUAGACAAUGCAAAAUAUAUCUGCUCUUCAGCCAUUUUUGGUAACCUAAAUGUUCUAAGUGUUGCUAGGUAUAGAAAGUUUUCUGAUGUCUGACACAACAGACGUGUUUCAGUUAAUUGCCGCCAUUACCUAAUUUUUUUUUUAUAAUUUUUUUUUUUUGUUAUAAUUCCUGUGAGUAUGCCGCUGGGGAUGUGUAUGAAUGUAAAUAAAGAAAAUUGUUAAUAUUAUACAGCACAAUAGCCAACAUUCCGCUGCAGCCAAGUUACAGUAUGUUGGGCCGCAAGGUGUAAAGGUAUCUGAUACAGUCCAAAUAAAUGACAAAAUUCAAGUCACUGACAGAGGCAUUCUUUAUGUUACCCAAUUAACUCUAAAGAGGGUUUGCUGUUUAUUAAUGCCACAAAAUUUACAAAAAAUUUAGGCAUUUAAAAAAUGUAUUAUUGAGCAAACAAUGUUUGAUGUAGCAGUAAUUAAAAAAAUAUUAAAAUGUAUUAGAAUUAUAUUUAAAUACCAUAUAAAUACAAGAAACUGGAUCUAAAUUGCUAUUGAUAGACUUUUUUCUGUUAAAAUUUAUUUUUUUCUAUUUUCUUUAUUUUUUUGUUUUCUGAUUUUGUUUUUUAAAAUUCUAAACAUACCUUUUAGGCCAAACAAGAUUAUACCAGGUGAUAAUUUAUAACUUUUUAUAUUUGUUUUUAAAUUUAAAAUGUGUCAUUAUUAUUUUUUUUUAAUCUGACAUUUCCAUUUUUAAAGAUUUUUCUUUACUAUAACAGAUAAACUCUUUUCUUCUUUUGUAUUGAGUAACACUUGCUUGGGGAAAAAAAAAGAGUUCAGAGUAACAUUUUACUCAUAAGGAAAUGCAAAGAGAAUAUAUUAACCUAAAAGUGGGUACUUCAAGAGAACUCAGUGGUUCCACUCGAAGGCCUCCUGGGAGGAAUAUAGAUGUUCACACAUUACAGACAGGAAGACGGAAUAUAAAAUUAAUUUAAACAGCGGGGGAAACAAAGCAAGAUCUUGUUUUAUUCACUACUGGUGCUGAUACAUAAUGCUUAGAUUCCAGAUGUGUUUUCUGAAGCUUUUAAAUCAAAAUACAUUGGUCAAAAAUACUAUUAGGGCUGAGAAAAGCAUUUAGAACUAAUGGAACAUUUGUUUUGGGAGGGGGUGGGUUUUGAUGAAUUCUUGGAAUCAGUAGCUUUUAUCAACACAUUAGAGGGAACCAAAUACAUUAUCCUGCAAAUCAUAAGAAUCCUGCUUGGGCACCACUGAAAGUCAGCUGUACUCAGGGAAGAGAGUUAUUUAAUGCUGUGCUGCAUAAGGUAUGAAAGGUCUAUCCAUAAUUUAGGUCUUCGAAAAGGAUGUACAGUAAAUACUACAACCCAAAUAAGACUUGCCAAACUAAUAAAUUCAACAUGUUAUGGUAGCUAGGAAAUACAAGUCUUUUAUAAAAUAUUGCAAAUUUUAUUUUAGGUAAUGGAAAUAUCAAAUUUUUGUUUGAUAUUUUCUAUGUAUACAUCUAUUUUGCCAACACUUAUCAUUUAUACAUUAAUCUAUAAUAUCAUUUACCGAAUGGUUGUAUUUCAUAUUUGCAUAUAUAUAUUUUAUUAUCAAUGUUUCUUUUAGUUAUACUAUUUUAUCAAAGUAUGUAUCUUGCUAUAGCAUUUCAAUGCCAUAUUAUGUAAGCCCUUGUGUCGAAUGAGGAUGAACCCGACAAAGGGUCUCUGGUCCCAUUGUCGUUGAAAGAGUAACCAUGAUAUAUGACCUAGGUUUCACUUGCCCAUGUAUUUGCUGUACGAAGUCUGGAUGAGGUGGCUUAUUUCCAACCCUGUAAUGUGUUGCCUUUACAACAACAACAAAAAAGUGUGAAUUAAUUCAUCCCCAAACAAAAUCAAGAGGCCCAAAGCCAGUUUAUUGUGUUUGUGUGAUAGAUAUUGAAAAUGAAUUUAUUUUGUUGCAAGGCCAAUUUAUCCAUUAUUGGAAAUGCUAAGCAAGUGGAAUUUAUUGUUUUGUUAA